AUGGAAAGCACGUCUGCAUCGUCGCUGAACUCCUGGGACCAAGCAUUGCAGACUUUCUCGAGACGCAAAAUUCCAGAAACGGCAGACUCUCAGCUCCAUGGGCUAAGAAUACUGCGAAGCAGCUCCUCGCAGCUCUCAAUUGUCUUCACCAACGAGGUAUCGGACAUGGAGGUGAGAAUGAACAGAUGGACUGAACACGUACAUACCCGCAAUAUUGUCAUUAAAGAUGAUAGAUGGGACCGCAUAUCCGAAGCGGAGCUGCUGUCCAACCUUGGCAAGCCAGAGACGGCUGAAAUCGUAUCGGAAGAAUCCUCAGACCCUAACCUUCCAAGAUACUUAGUCCGGCCAAGCACUUUUCGGGUGACGAAUAACAAGGCUCCAGACAUACGACUUAUCGACUUCGGUGAAGCGUUCACAAAAGCCAACAAGCCUCAGACACUCCAUACACCACUAGCGCUGCGUGCUCCGGAAGUCCUCUUUGAGGAUGAAUGGGACCACCGAGUUGACUUGUGGAGCGCGGGAUGUACUAUAUUCGAGCUCCUUACUGGACAACCCCCAUUCGAUACGAUCAUGACUACGAAAGACAUACUUAUCGGUCAGAUGGUUGAAGAGGUUGGGCCACUACCAGACCGAUGGACAGAUAGAUGGCAAGCGAAAGACUCAGAUGGAGAUGAUGAAAAUUAUUCGCUCGAAGAAUGGUUGUUGGAAUUGUAUUUGGACAAAGGGAAAGAGGCAGAGCUUACGCGAGAGCAAUUAGGGAUGUGGGCAGACGUGAUCAAGUCGCUAAUGAGAUUCGAGCCGGGGAAACGGGUCUCGGCUUCAAGAAUACUGCAAUACUCCUGCUUUAGUUGA